AAGGGAAAGAGAAAACCAACAACUCGUCUUAUCCACUUCUCCGAUUGGCUUCUUCCGUCGAGCUCGACAGAGAAAUGGCUACGGCCACUCCUGCUUCUUGCUUCUUCAACCAAAGGACCUUCAAGCUGCCCUCCCCUUCUCGCUCUUCUCUCCCCGUUCGUCAGUUCGCAACGCGCAAUGCGGUGGCGUUCAAGACACGGAGUCGCGUCUCGUGCAGUAGCAGCCUCUCUCCGGCCACUCCAAUCAGCUACGAGUUUUCAGAUGGUUCUUCCGAUAUGGAAUUGCGACUCCAGCUCGGCGGCAUCGACAUUUCAGGUCCCAGAGAUAUUUACGUGGAUGCAAAUGACACCUCCUUAACGAUCCAACUUAAGCAUUCUGGUUCCCAUAUGACGCUAAUGGAAACAGACUCUCUCUUUGAUAGGAUAAAGUCAGAUGAAACGAUAUGGUAUUUAGACGACGAUCAGCUUGUUAUUAAUUUGAAGAAGCAGAAUCCUGAAUUGAAAUGGCCUGAUAUUGUGGAGUCUUGGGAGUCACUGGCUGCAGGGUCAAUGCAACUACUUAGAGGAACAUCCAUUUAUAUUAUUGGCGACUCGAUGGAGAUUAACCAGAAAGUGGCAAAAGAGCUUGCAGUUGGUCUUGGGUACACGCCUCUCGAGACAAAGGAGUUGCUUGAAACAUUUGCUAAGCAAACAAUCGAUUCAUGGGUGCUUGCAGAAGGAUAUGAUGCCAUUGCUGAAGCAGAGGGUGUCUUAUUAGAAAGCCUCAGUAGUCACGUCCGGGCUGUUGUCGCAACUUUAGGAGGGCAGCAGGGUGCUGCCCGAAGAGCUGACAAAUGGCAGCACCUUUAUGCAGGAUUUACUGUAUGGUUGUCUGCAACUGAAGCAACAGUUCAAAGUGGAAAGGAUGUUGCAAAUGUGCAUUUUCCAGACAGUUCAUAUGAUGUUAUACAAAAUCAUUUCAAUGCAGCUGGAAGUUUGACUGAACCUGAAAGAGACGAAGACUCGGCUACGAAAGAGGUCAGAAGACACAUUGAAGAUGGGAGUCUAGGUUAUGCAAAUGCAGAUGUUGUUGUCAAGCUCCAAGGCUGGGAUGCCAGUUACUCCAAAACCGUGGCUCAAGCAUCCCUGAGUGCACUGAAACGAUUAGUUUUAUCAGAUAGGAAGCUCCCAGAUAAGAAGAGCCUGUACAUAAGGCUGGGAUGCCGCGGAGAUUGGCCAAACAUCAAGCCCCCAGGGUGGGAUCCAUCUACCGCUGAUGAUUCUAUAACGUCUCCGGAUACGUUGUGAGAAAAAUCAAGUCGUCAGCACAUUAGAGAAUAAGAUAGAUGGUGACCACAAGGGCAAAUACAAAUGUCAUUUUCUGAUUCUUCUCAACUUUUGUGAUAUCUAAAUAACCAAUUCAUGUUACUAAGGCUCCUUUCUCUCUUUCCCCACUCUUGCUUUUGUUCUUUCUUGUGUUUCUUGUUUGCCGUGAUCAUGAAUAGGUCAAUGGUUCCAUUCCAUCUAUGCUUACAAUCUACGUUCUGAGUGAA